AUGUAUUGUCAAUUGGGAGAGCUGGUUGGUUUUUCACAAGCAAAUUCUGCACAUUUGAAAAUACUUUUUAAUCAAGAGCCGAGAGAAAAGAAAAUUGAAAAGCCUGUAAAUGAUGAAAGUGUAGAUUUUCAUUAUGUUCAAACUCAUAUCUGGAAACCUUUAGUUUGUUUCUAUUUUCCAAGAUUCGAAAAGGCACUUAACAUUAAGAAUUGGAUGCAUGUUUUGAGAAGGAGAAAAGCUCACAUUAAGAUUCAUGGUAAUGAUUUCAGAAUUCCAUCUGAAACAUGGAAUGAUGAAGACAAAAGUUUGAGUAAUAUUAGUUUUAUUGAGAAUUGUGAAUAUAUUUACAAGUGCCCAUUACAAUUCAGCAUGUUAGAGGAUACUUGGUCAAAUGAAAGUUUUUGUAAGGAGUGUAAAAAGACUGUGUAUAAUGUUCAAGAUGUUGAGACAUUCAAAGAUUAUUCUUCAAAAGGAUAUUGUGUUUCUCUGGGAUAUGACCAGUUCAAAGAGGGAGAAAUGUGCUACUUUGAUGAUUAA